AUGAAGAAGCAUUUAAUCUUUAUCAGUAAUGUGAAUAAACAUCAUCAAUACUCAUUAAAUAAGCCUAAUUGGCUAAUAAGAUAGGACUAUUUAAAUAGGCCAUCAAUUUUUAUAAGUUAGCUUAUGAAAUAGGAGAAAAAAAGAAUGAAAUAUUAAUAAAAAUAGGUAAAAAUUAAAGAAUAUAUCAAAUAAGGGAAAUUGUAAACUUAAAUAGGCAAUUAUACUUAAGCGAUAUAAGUCUAUAAUCAAAUUUUGAGUAUUGAUGAAAAUAAUCCCAUUGCUAUGGGUGAAUUAGGUUUUAAAUUAUCAAAAUAUAAAAGGAUAUACUCUUUAUUGUAUGGAAGAUCACAUGUAAGCUCUUACUCAAUUUACAAAAUGUUCAUAAUUUAUUUCUAUAAUACCUAAAUUCCUUAAUAAAUUAGGAGAAGAACUUUAUAGUGAAUAUAAAUAUAAUACUGCCAAGCUUUAUUAUUUAACAGCCUAUUAGAUUGAUAAAGGUUUUAAAAAUUCUAUAUUUGGAUUGAUUGACACUUGCCUAAAACUGGAAGAAUAUGAUCAGUCCUUAUAAUAUUGUCAAAUUCUUUUAGAAAUGGAUCCUAAUUGCAUAGAAGCAAAUUUAAGAAAAAGUAUUAUUAUAUUUAUUAAUUUAAAAGUGAAAGUGAAGAUUUUGACUAAUAAAAUUGAGGAAGCUGAAGAAAUAGCUAAAUAAUUAGAUGAAAUAUAACUUGAUUAUUAAGCUUAAUAUUAAUUGAUUGAUUUGAAAGGGUUAAUACUCCUUAAGAAAUAAUAAUACUUAGAUUGCAUAAACUACCUAAAAGAUUUCAUUGAUGAGGAUAAAUAUAUAAUAAAAUUAAUUUUUACUACAGCUAAAUGUUAUUAUAAGCUUAAAAGAUAUGAAGAGGCAUUAAAUCAUUUAGAAAUGGUGUUUGAUGUUUAUCAAAACUAUUAUCCAGCAUUAUAAUUGUAAUGUAAUAAUAUAUAUAUAUAUUUACUUAGAUAAAAUAUUGAUUCAUACUAAUAAAUUAAAGGAUGCAGAAUUAAUAAAAUAAAAUAUUGA